AGAGAUGAGGAAAGCCGGGGAAAGGGCAGGACAGGAUUGGUUUCUGUUUUGUCUGGCCCAUGUUGUUUGGUGGCUUUGGCCUUUUUGCGGGGCAUGUGGCACUGAGCCGUCUGCCGCAAUCCCUGGCAGGCGGGAGGACUGUUUAUCUGCCUUCAAGGCUCUGCGAGGCCAGAGAGAGGAGCUGGCGCACAGCCGGAGGCUGGCAGGAGGGUAGCAGGCAGUGGGUGCUCCCUGAGGGUGACCUCGCAGGCCCCCCCCCCAGAGUGAGUCCCGGCCAAGAGCCUCAGGGUCAAACCGCAUGCAGGUCUAGCUUCCAGGAACUGAUGGCCUUGAGCAGGGGGUUGGCGACACUGGGUCAACUCUCCACCCCCCUGGAGCGCUCUCCAGCUUCUGCUGCCCAGUAAUUUUGGGAUGUGUGAGUCAUGGGAAGAAUACAGGAUAAACACACCCUGGAAGGAGGCAGAGGCCACUCCUGUGUUCCCCUGGUUAUGAAGAUUUGCUGGGACCUGUGAGGUGGGCAGUGCUCAGCUGUGUCCCCCGGGAGCCCUGGCAAGGGGGGCAGAUUUCCAAGAAUUCACCUGCUGCCAGGUACAGAGAGGGGAGAGCCCGGGCCUCCUGGGUCCUGGUUCUGAGCCUGGAUCGUGUUCCCGCGUGGCAUUUGGGCAAGAUGAGGAUCCUCUUACAAGAGACGGAGCCUGGGGCCUGGAUGGAGAACACGUCUGUCAGCUACGAUUAUGGGCACUACGACGAGAUCCCGGAUCUCCCCGUGGACUGCGUGGACGGCUCCUGCGUCUCCACGGACCCGCUGAGCGUCGCCCCGUUCCUGCUGUAUGCUGUGGUCUUCCUGGUGGGCGUGCCCGGCAAUGCCACGAUGGCCUGGGUGACCUGGAAAGAGGCCCGCCGGAGGGUGGGUGCCACCUGGUUCCUCCACCUGGCCGUGGCGGAUCUGCUGUGCUGUUUGUCUCUGCCGGUGCUGGCGGUGCCCAUGGCGCGCGGGGGCCACUGGCCGUACGGGGCACUGGGCUGUCACACCCUGUCCUCGCUCAUCCUGCUGUCCAUGUACGCCAGCGUGCUCCUCCUGGCCGCUCUCAGCGCCGACCUCUGCCUGCUGGCGCUCAGGCCGGGCUGGGGGGCUGCGGGGGGCCGGGCACGCAGGGUGCAGGUCGCCUGCGCGGUGGCCUGGGCCGUGGCCUUGCUGCUCACUGUACCCUCGGCCAUGUACCACCGGCUGCACCAGGAGCACUUCCCCCCCCGGCUGGAGUGCGUGGUGGACUACGGGGGCUCGGCCGUGGUUGAGAGCGCCGUGGCGGCCGCCCGCUUUGUGUGCGGCUUCCUGGGGCCGCUGGUGGUCGUGGCCAGCUGCCACGGUGCCCUGCUGUGCCGGGCCGCCCCGCACCGCUGGCCCCUGGGCGUGGCCGUCGUGCUGGGCUUUUUUGUCUGCUGGGCCCCCUACCAACUGCUGGGGCUGGUGAUCACCGUGGCCGCCCCGCACUCCAGGCUCCUGGCCCGGGCCCUGCGGGCUGAACCCCUGGUCAUCGGCCUCGCUCUGGCUCACAGCUGUCUCAAUCCCGUGCUCUUCCUGUAUUUCGGGAGGACUCACCUGUGCAGGUCGCUGCCAGCUGCCUGCCGCCGGGCCCUGAAAGAGUCACAGAGCAAGGAUGAAAGUGUGGUUGGCAAGAAAUCCACCAGCCAUGACCUAGUCUCAGAGGUGGAGGUGUAGGCCCGAAGGAAACUGGUUUGGGUGCUUCCGCCCUAUUUCGCCAAGCUGCCUUCAGGAAAAGCUGGAUCCAGGGGGCUGGAUGAUCUUUCUUUCUUUGUCCAUUCAACAGACAUUCAUUAUGCACCUGCUACGUGUGAGGCCUUAUAAUAGGCACUGGGGGAGUAGCAGUGACCAAAAGGGACACAAAUCCUUAUCUCCCGGGGCAGCUGGCAUUCUAGUGGAGGAAGACAGAAAAAGAGCAAAGCAAAAGGGAAUAUGGAGUAUGUCAAGUGGUGGUAACCUAAAGGGGACAGAGAGGACUGAUUAGGGCAGGGGUAUGUGUAAGCUAGGCAAGGCCCAUUGGGUAAGGUGAUAAUUGAGCCAAGACCUGAAGAAAGGAGGGAGGAAUCAUUCAUAAAUCUGGCAGAAAAGCAUAUACAGGGAGCCGCAAGUACAAAGGUCCUGAGGCACAAUAUGCUGGGCAUAUUUCAGGAAGAGUGGAGAGGCCAGCGCGGAAGAAGCUGCGGGAGCAAGAGGGAAAGUGGGUGAGACAAAGGGAGAGAGGUAGUGAGGGCCGGAUUUGAAAGCCCACCAGGCCAGAGCAAGGGUUUGGAGAUCCACGGCAGGGUUCUGAGCUGUUAGCAGAUAAAAUAUACAAUAUCCAAUUAAAUUUAGUUUCAGAUAAACAAUGGGAAAAAGG